AAGAGGUCUUUUAAUGCCGCGCGUUGAUUGCAGCGAGAUCUGUGAAGGGGUGACGGUACCACAGUAGUAGCAUUUAUUUAGGAUAAAAUGUACUACAAAUUAAGUGGUUUCACACAGAGACUGACGGGAUCCGCACCGUCGACUGCGUACAGUCCACAGGGUUUAAAGCCGUCAGUCCCUGCAGAUCCAGCCCCCAUGAUCUUUGCCACCCCUACCAAAGUGGUGUCUGAGUCCGGCUCUGUGGUGGAGUACAUGGGCACCAACAAGGUCCCAGACCUGCAGAAGCUUUUCCAGAAAUCAGAUGGGGUCCCAGUGCACCUGAAGCGUGGCCUCCCGGACAAGCUGCUGUACCGCAGCACCAUGGCCCUUACUGUAGGCGGCGUCCUGUACUGCCUGGUGGCCCUGUACAUUGCCGCACAUCCCCGCAAGUGAACCUACACUGAUCUCGGACCAGCCACGAACAAAAGUGCACAAAAAUCACAGCGGCAAUAAGCGUGAGGAGGACAAUGGCUGUGAUGGCUGUUGAGUAACAGGACCUUAAAUCUUAAAUACCACCCCCCCCCCCCCUCCAAAAGGACCUCGCUCCUCUUACUUGCUCCUCAUUAUUUAUUACCCCAGUCCCAGUGCAGAGACUCGUGCACUCCUGCCCUCUGUUCUGCACCCUCGCCCCUCAGCACACACAGCUGACAAGGACUUACUCUGACCCCCCCCCCCCCGCCCUCCUCAGGCUGGACCACGGUUGCGUGUGUGUUUUGCACUUGUGUACAUUUUCUUCUGUCUGCCAAACCAGUGUGUGAAAUAGCUCUCUAAUUUGCUAAAUAACGUCUGUGAAGCAGUCGACCACGCAGAUGAAAACUGGGGCCUGGUGUUCAGGGAACCCUGGAAACUCUUGUGCGGCUAUGCCUGUGUUCAGUAACAAAGCAAGUGUAUUGCCAAGAGCUUGGAAGAGCAAAAACCAUGUUGACUCAUCAAGCGUUGAGCCAAAUCUCAAGAGUAGAUAUGCAGAGAAGUUUCCAGAUGUGUAAUCUCACCGCAGCGAGAACAGGCAAACGUCACAUGCAGUGAUGUCAUUCGUCCGGUACUUGCCGUUCCCAGAUUUUCCUGCUAUGUAACGCUACUUGUACAAAUCAUAUAAAUAAAGAAAGCUGUUAAUUUUUGUACAGA